AGUAACAGCAAUAGAGUGAGAGUAUUGCUAGUCAUUUUUGUAAACUGACAAUGACAAUGUAAUCACUCGAUCCGAAAGAAAAUCAGAAUAUUAAUUUUCGCCCCAGGGGAUUGCAAGACUUAAGCACGCCUGAUUGGAUUACUUUAAGGGGAAAAGAAAGCAGGAAUGGGCGGCUCUGUAGUCUGGCGGGGACUUUAGACUUCAGUACUGGAAAGCUAGCCAGUCAGCUUGCUGGCUGAAGUAAAUAUAAGUAAAUAUUUAAGUUAUCGAUUUAGAGAGAGAUACACUCAUCUCAAAACCCGUAUCUACCAGUUUAUGGAUAAUGGUUGAUUAAUGUAACGAAAGGGUCAAAGACGGCAUUUAAGGCAAAUCCUAAUUUCAGCAGCCAGAAAACAUCUAUAACCUACGUAAACACUUGUCUAAAGAUGGAAGAUAUGGAGGUGGACAUGCAAUUGGGAGCUGCAGGAGCAACUGUUAGCUCGGUAGGAGUGGAGGUACCUAUAAUCAUCCCUGACUCGGGGAGCAGCACAGAAGUGGAGGAGGAGGAGGAGGAGGAGGAGGAUGAUGGCGAUGGGCGGCCUGACAGAAGAACCACUGUCCCCACUGACAGAUUGCAGCUCGCAGCUACUCAGGAUGUCAGGAGAAGACGAAGGGCAAGGCCUGGUCUACGGUUCCAGUAUUCUACCCAGACUACACUUUUGAACAGAGGACCUUUAGACUUCCUACUCAGGGUGUCUGCGGGAAGUGACACAGAUCCUCUUUCAGGCAGUACAGAGGAGGGGAGUGGCUCUGAAGAUGGGGGAGAGAAUGGAGGCAGCAGAGUCCUCAGACUUUCUGCAGAGCCUGCUCCUGGGCCUGACCCUAGCCAGCCUGCUCCUGGGCCUGACCCUAGCCAGCCUGCGCCAGGGGUGGCCCCACCACUUCAGGUGUCCAAUGUAACAGAGCCGACCAUUUCUGCUGGUUUUGAGGCAACUGGAGUUCAGAUUCAGUACGAGACCAAGGCUGAUUCGGCGCCUGCAGGGGUUACUGCAACCGCUGUCUGUGAGAGCGAUGAAGGAGAGGGCGAGACCUGCUCUAUAUGUUUCGAGCCUUGGACCACCUCAGGCGAGCACCGCCUGGCAUCGCUGCGCUGUGGCCACCUGUUCGGCUUCACCUGCAUCGACCGCUGGCUGAAGGGCCAGGGAGCCAAGUGCCCACAGUGCAAUAAGAAGGCCAAGAGGACUGAUAUAGUCUUGCUGUAUGCACGCAAGCUGAGGGCACUGGACAACACUGAACAGGAGAGUCUAAAGAGGUCCUUGGAGCAGGAGCAGAGUCUGCGGAGGAAGGCAGAGCUGGAAUCUGCUCAGUGUCGCCUGCAGUUGCAGGUGGUGACAGAAGAGUGUGGGAAACUCCACCAACAGGUUCAGGAGUUAAGAAAGUUGAUGGCUCAGACUGCCUCCAGCUCCUCUCAGGCACAGACCUCUACUCUGUCUUUGUCUCAGAGGCAAGAGUCAUCAAGUGGGGGACACUAUGUCUUCUCAAAGGCCAUUCUAGUGUCUCAGGCUGGUGGUUGUCGGGUGUUGUCUUACUGUGACCCUCUCAGUUGCCUACUGGCCUCUCAGCCUUCGGCUCAUGCCACCCUCGUACCUGGCUUUGGUGUCAAAAAGAUUAGCACUGUGAAUCUGAAAGCCGGUCAGUACGUUCCCAUCCACGCUAAACAGAUCAGAGGCCUCGCCUUUAGCAGACAGCAAGAUAGCCUGCUGCUGUCUGCUGCACUUGAUAACACCAUCAAACUCACCAGCUUGAUGACCAACAACGUGGUUCAGGUUUACAACACCGGCAAGCCUGUGUGGAGCUGCUGCUGGUGCCAUGACAACAACAACUACAUCUACGCCGGCCUAAACAACGGCUCGGUGCAGGUGUACGACACGCGGGACACCAGUACUUACGUGCAGGAGCUUGCCCCGCUCCGCUCCAGUUGUCCAGUGGUGUCACUGUCUUACAUCCCUCGGGCUGCUUCCAGUCUCUUCCCCUGUGGUGGUCUCAUUGCUGGCUCCCUGGAAGGGGGCUGUUUCUGGGAGCAGGUGGGUGGGACCACAUACAGACCCCAUGUUCUACCUUUGGAGUCUGGGGGCUGCACGGACAUACAAGUUGAACCAGAGAGCCGACACUGUCUGGUCACCUACAGACCUGGUCGAGCAAACCCUGCUCUGCGCUGCGUGCUUAUGGAGUUGAACCGAAGCCCUCAGCAGGACCCGUCCCAGGCACCUGUCUGCUCCUGCUCUCCUGUCCAGACCUUCACCGCUGGAUCUUCCUGCAAGCUGCUCACAAAGAAUGCAGUGUUCAAGAGCCCUGCCAGUGAGGAUUCCAUGCUGGUGUGUGCGGGAGAUGAGGCGUCCAGUUCUACCAUGGUGUGGGAGGCUGGUCGUGGUGCCUUGUUUCAGAAGCUGCCUGCAGAUCUUCCUGUAUUGGACAUCUGCCCAUUUGAGAUGAACCAGGAAAACUUCUUGGCUUCUCUUACUGAGAAGAUGCUGAAGAUCUAUAAAUGGGAGUGAGCAUAUUGGCAUUUAGAGGGUCCAUUAGUGUUAAGUAUGGACACUUUGAUAUGGUCUUUAUUGCUCAUCAUGUUCUUGACUUGGUGUUCGAAGAAGAAUGUCUUCAACACAUGUUGGCCUGACAGGAUUUCAGGGCUAAAAGUGGUUUGUUUUCAUACCUCCAGUGCUUUUCAUCUGAAUCAGGUGAGGAUCAUAAACUUUUUUUUGUGAUGAAGAAAUUAUAGAUGCAAGGCAUGUGGCUGGUUUGUGUUUAAGUUCACUUUACAGACCUAGGACUUCCCAGGUAUUUUGAAGCACAGUUCCCUGUUGCUUUGCCACUACAUUUAUGCAUACAAACUUUUUAAACUUGUAAAAGAGAAUUGAUAUUUGCAGAGUCUUGUGUUCUUUUCACUCCCUAUUUUUGUGUGAAUUAAGGACUUUCUGUAGAUAUCUGGCUUUCAUUCCCAUCCUUUUAACAUUGCAGUGGAGUGACAUGCCAUCAUUUAUUGCCUUUCUAAGUGUCUGUCAAAUGUAUAUAUUGUAAAUGAGUUUUUAAAGUAAUGGAUGUUGUGUGGUUGUAAUAUUUAAUAAAUGCCCAUAUUUGUGUCAUA